AUGGGACAUGGGGGCCAAGCAAAGCCAGGAGAGCCGCCGGAGGCUCUCAAGCGAGUGCGCAGUGAAGGCUGUGUUCUUCGCCGGCAACAGUUAGUUCGGAAUUCUCCUCUUCCGAUUAAUUCUUGCUACACGCUGGACGAGACGAUUGGCCUGGGAUCUUUUGGCUGCCGGGUGUACCGGGCCACGGACAUUUUGUCGGGCGUGCGCCGCGUGGUGAAGUGCGUCAGCAAAGACCAGCCGGAGGGCGUUCGCAUAUGGCGCAACGAGAUCAGCUUUUUGCGGCGAAUUCACCACCCGAAUGUGGUCCGCAUUUUCGAAGUUUUCGAGGAGCCAGCGGCUGUUUACCACGUGACGGAAACGUGUUAUGGUGGCGACCUUCAUCAGUGGCUAGACAGACGGCUUCGAAGAAGACACAGGCGCCUGAAGAGGCGCAGUGUCAACUUCUGCCUCAUGGGCGACAGCGAGGCUCUUCAGCAGCAGCAACAAGAGGGCGGGGCCGCUGUUAGUGGCCCUUUUGCCCCGGCUUCGUCAGCAGAAGCCACAGGGAUCGCAGUCACAGCAGGCACCGCAACGACAGCAACUUCGCCAAAUUCCUUGGAAGCUAGCAGCAGUACUAGCUCCGUCUCUCCCGUCGCUGCCACUCCGUCUGGCAGUCGUGUCGGCAUCAGCAUGCGAGGCUCUUGUCCCGUAGCUGCUGGCGCUGCAGCAGCAGCAGCAACUGCAGCAGCAGCCGCAACAGCAGCAGCUGCGGCAACUGCAGCUGCUACAGGUGUAGCCGGAGGCCCCGCACUGUCCACGCCUCCGUCAUCGCCGCCUGGAGCUGCAGCAGGGGGUGCUGCUGCUGCAGCUCGCCCUCUUGUUAGUGAAGAAGUAGCUGCGCAGAUAGCUGGUCAGGUGCUGUGCGCGCUGCGCUAUCUUCACAGCAAGGACAUAGCACACUGCGACAUUAAGUUGGAAAAUAUCCUUUUGGUUGCUGAGCUCGAUGACUCGGAAGCAACGGGGGACGGCGAGAGCAGCGAGGAGGAGGAGGCGGAGCUGAUGAAGGAGCAAGAGCAGCAGGUGGUGAUGCAGCAGCAGCAGCUCGCCGCAUUGCAGCAGCAGCAAGAGCGCGAGGCAGCACCAGGGAAUAGACUGCGCGCUGGCUUCAGAGCUCGCAGCAGCAAUCACAACAGCAGCAGCACCAACAGCAUCACCAGCAGCAUGAGCGCCCUUUCUGUAGUGCCUAUGGUAAUGAGAAAGAGAAGAAGCAUGCGGGAUGUUGGCCGGAAAACACACGCAGACAAAGACAUGGACAUAGACAGGAAUCGAAGCAACUUGUCUUUACCUCAGCUUAAAGACAGCAUUCACAGUUCUUCGCACUCUCUUGUCGAUAAAUUUAAAAGGAAAAACGUUUUAGUGAAGCUGGCGGACUUCGGAUUGGCGAAAAAAAUAGUGCGGGGAAGGUCGCUACAGAAGGCGGCGCCUAGUUCGGUCUUGGAAGGAACGCUCUACUAUCGAUCGCCCUGGCAGAUUCGAAAUGGGGUGGAGGGUGACGAGCGCAGUGAUCUGUGGGCGUUGGGUGUUUGCCUGUUUAUGCUUUUUUCGGGAAGGCCUCCUUUUGAAGGAGAAGAUAGGUGGAGCAUUGAAAAAGCGAUCACAGACACGCCUGUGUCCUUCAGCGGGGGCGUGUGGUCAAGCCUCUCUCUAUCGUGUUUGGGCUUCUUGCGGGCUCUUCUGUACAACCCGCUGCUGCCGCUGCACCUCCGUGGGCCUCCCCCGCCCCCGCCCUAUUCCCAGCCGACAGCAGAACUCAUGUUGAAGCAUCCCUGGCUGCAGCAGUGCUUUCGGGAGGAGAGAAGACGCCUCAUGCGCGCAGUGUCUGCACCUUCUAUGAAUUACCUGGCAGACCCUUCUCCCCAGUCGCGCAGCUCAGAAACCCCGGAGUCCUCCCCAUAUACUCCACCUUGCCUUUCACUCUUAUCACCUUCCCUCAGCCGCAGCGCGCUCCAGCACCCGAACGGAGCCGCCUCAGACCCCACAGCCCACACAAGCGCGGCGCACACCCAGGAUGGCAGCAGCAGCGGUGGCAGAGAGACAGUCGUUAGGGCGGCGUCGGAUCCUCCGCUGCUGCAGCACUUUCGCCAAAGACACACUACAGCAGCAGCAGCAGAAAAGACCGAAAGCGCCUCCUGCUGCAGCAGCUGCAGCGCCUGGAGGUGCAUCCAUGGUUGUGUAUCCACGCAGAAGCAGCAGAAAGACGCAAAACAACUCCGGAUAUGUUGGGGGAGAGCCCCGCUUGUGGCGGGGAGUGGUAUGCAAGCCCCGCAGCAGCAGCAGCAGUUGCAGCAGCAGCAGCACAAACGGCUGUGUUCCCCACAGUCGGAGCAAGCAGCUGCCGGCUCAUCUUACCCCACGAUUUCUGCGGAGAAAGAAGAUUUGCAUUUGAAUGGAGACGCUGGAGGAGAAACAAAGUGCUGCGUGCUGCAGGCCUUGGGCAUAAGUUCACUGCGAUGUGUGUCGUGCGCGGGCAAGGGGGCCUUGACCUUUUUGUCGGAAUGCAGCAGCGACUGGCGCGGCUCGCCCUCGUGCAGUAGUCAGCAGCUGCAGCCUCACGUCAGGCUGACGGGGCCCACCUCAGGCUUGCUGGGAUUGGAAAGCUGUGUGGCGGAAACAAAUGCCGCUGCUGCUGCUGCCGCGGCUGCUGCUGGAGUGGCAAAGGCAGUGCACCUUGAGGCAGUGACACAUUUUCAGGGGCAGAUGGGACCUCCUCUCGAGAAUGUGCCGCAUUUUCAUUUGCCUCCCUGUAGGCCUCGUGUGUCUCCCCCUGAUGGCAGCAGCAGCAGCUCACGCAUCAACUGUAACUGCAGCAGCGCUGAGGCUGAUUUCAACAAGCGGACAGAAGCACCCGACGCUGCGGCGAGCUCCAUUUGCUGCCGCUGUGGCAGGGCCAGUAACAGCAACAGGAGCAGUAACAGGAGCUGCUGCAUGGCGGUUGCAGACUGGCUGACGGUAGAACUGUUCGAAGCCCGGAUGCUGCUGCUGCUGCAAGCUGCUGCCUGGCUGGAGUUCGCUCGCCUGAGCCCUCUGCAAAAGGCGCUUCGGUCUGUUGUUGUGAAGUUGAUGGAGAGCGACGAUGUCUUCAGGCCCGUCAGAGACAUUAUGUGGGUCUUAGACCCCCAGCGAAGAGGACAUGUGUCAAGGCGGUGCCUGCUUGACAGCCUUAGAGUCGUCAGAGACUUCUUCAAGUUGGAAUCAUUCUUGAGAGACUCCGAACCAAACACCGCCGCUUCCAGUGUUAGUACUGACGCACUUUCAUGUGCAACGGUAGAUCCCAGCACCGCUCACAGAAGUAGCGGCAGCAACGGGAUCGUCGACAACCUGCCAGCCUCUCCUCUACAGACACUUUUGGCGCUUUCGGAUGUAUUCCCAGGGGAGGAGCCACAGGUGUUUGCUCUGGAUCAGUUUUGCAAGCUGCUAGAUGAGGCUCUGAAAACGCAGGAAGCGCCAUUCGCCGAGUCUUCAGUUCAGCAAGAACAAGUGGGGAAAUCGGCGGACUUGACCAGUGACGCAGCAGCAGCGCAUCAAUCAGCUGCUUCCGCUUCUACAGAAACAAGAGCAGAAGGACCUGGCGCUUGCAGUUGCCCCAUGGAUGAGGCCCUCGUCUGCCUUGACACUGAUGGCAGCGGGGCAGUGGAGUUCGAUGAGCUUGUAGCUGCAUCAAUGACCCGUGUAGACUUUCUUGAGAGAGAGCCAACGUGCAGCGUGGCAUUUCGCUUGCUGGACCGCAACGUAGAUGACUAUGUCUCAGCCAACGAUCUCCUGACAAUUCUGCACUUCGAUCCUCGCUCGGAUCUGAAGGGAGUUUUGGAGGCGCAGACCAAACGUGCGGACGCAGCAGUAGAGUCACUCAUGCGGGCAGCAGCUGCUGCCGAAGCUGCGGGGGAGCCUCUCCCUCCAGGCGCCGUUCUCGAUCAGACAAAGCUGGUCACAGGAAUUGACGAGCACGGAAAUACGUUUCAAGUCCCUGCAGAGGCUUCCUGCAUUUUGCAGCUGGAAGGCGUCACUGCUGCAACGGCACCGCUGUAUGUGCAGGUUGUCAGGGAGCUCAAGGCGACACAGCCGCGUGCGAACGGCCUUUGGGCGUUCGAAGACUUCAUGAAGCUUCUCUGA